AUGACUCGAAUCCAUAUAUUAUCAGAUAUAGGUGAAGGCAAAAAACUAGGAGACAUACUAUAUAAUCGAUAUCCAGCUAGUCGAGCUGAACUUGAAAAUCAACUUGUUUAUGCAAAUAAAGAUCGAGAAAUCGCUAUAGAAUGUGGUAAUCGACUUAUUAAUAAAUGUACUAUCUUGUAUAAAGACAAUAAGCGUAUACAAAAGGAUCUAAAUCAGUCAAAUAAAGAUAAAGAAAAACUUUCUAAACAUGUUUACCAACUUAUAGAAGAGAUUAAGCAAUUGAGGUCAGA